CAUAGCAACACACAACAGAAAGCCUAGUUACAUUCAUCAAAAAUAAGAGUUAAAUGUAAGCCCAGAAGCAUAAAGACUAGUUGUCAGCUGGUAAAAUAAUUUGACUAGAAAAGAUGCAUGUGACCUGGAAGAUGUCAUGUUGUUUCGGGUGCACAAGGUCAUCGGACAAAGCCAUGCAAUUGAGACGCGACUUGAUGCAUAUGAUAAACUGAGAGCAUUAUUUGGGUCUACCGACAAAAAUACAAGUGCGGACACAAACCAGACCAAGUAUAUAUAUUUUUUUAAAUUUUAGUCCGGACGAGAGUGCCAGACUAAAAGUGCAAACGCACCUUUGGUCAAUGGUGGCCAAGGUGUUUAGCAAUCUUCCCCAAAUUGAACACACAAGCGUACGUAAGUCCUCGAAAUCCGUGUACCAAAUUUGGUGUGGAAAAGAUGGCGAGUUUCGGUUGUGUACAAAUUUGCAAAAACAUGAUAUGGUGUCCUAAGCGCCCUGUUGCGCAACCUAAUUUCAACCUGGAGCUAAGAAGGUCCUUGCAUAAAGAUGAAAUAAAUAGGUUACCUAUUUUUAUUUCAUCAUUGAAAGUGUUUUUUGAUCAACAUAGGUUUUAUUUUAGUAAACGUUCCACAGAUCAAGUACAGGAAGGUUAAAAAGAAAAUGGAACAACACAACCUAUUCAACCCAGCCAUAAUCCUCCCACACAACCUUAACAAGCCAUGCACAACCUAAACUAUCAGGACACAGCAAUCAGUGGUUUGCUCCUGGAGUACAUACAGCACGUAGCAGCUGGGAGUCAAGUUGUAAAUUGAGCUCGUAAUCUCAGUAAAUCAAUAAAGAAAAAAAGCAGCCUACAUUUUGAAAGUGCAGUUGCUGUGUCUGUCCAUCCAUUUUCUACACCGCUUAUCCCCAUUAUUGUCUCCAGUUAACCUAACACACGCAUGUUUUGGCAAUGGGGGAGGAAGCCAGAGCACCCAGGGGAAAACAUGCAACAUGCUCGGCGAUGUUUCAGAUUCAAACCUAGAUUUCUACACGUGUUAACCACUAGUGCGACCCCACAGACAAUCUUGCUCAUGCUUAACUGGCUUGCAGUCACAGAACGCUGUGUACCAAAUUUGAUGGAUGAAAUUUGGACAAGGAGGAGAGAAAUAACCUUUUUCAGCAUAUACAAAUUUGUAAAGAAUUUUUUUUUUUAUUAUUGUCAAUUCAAGUCCCUAAUUUCAGUCUUGAGCUAAACAAAUGUGCUUCCUCAUCAUUCAUCUUUAAAUACAUUUUGAGAUUAGGUUAUGUUUAUGAGCAGCAAACCGCUAUUCUGAAUGCCAGUAUUUUAUUUUUUUGUUCAAAGUCACAUAAGAUGGCUUGUUUACCUGGUCCGUGUUUUGAUUUUGUGCCCUUGAAUUUUAAGCGUGACACUGAUGAUUUAAACAAAGGUUCUUUGUACAAAAAAAAUUCUUAUUCAGUGCCGUCGAGUGCUGCUGCUCUUCAAUUAUUCAUCAGCAGCCUUAUUCUCAGUAAAUAAUACAACACAGUCUGAGAGUGUUUUUAAUCUUUAAGGCUAUGAUAGAAUCCCAACUGGUUUUAUUUUCUAGUGAAGUCAAGCCAGCAUAUUAUUUCUUUUCUUGUGUGGGACACUUUGAUGUUAAGUAAAGCUGAGAGGACUGGUGAUGAGGCUGCAGUAAUACUCAGUCUAUUCAGCUCAGAAGGGAAGAAGACAGUGCAUCAUCUAUGUGGAAGGUGUGGGGGCAGAGCUUUGCCCCCUAAGCUUCUCUACGCUCACUUUAUCUACUCACCACUCGAGCCGACUGGCCAGAUUUGUGUUCCCUCCCACCUUGCAGGUGUUGGAUCCUGUAGCCAGUCAUGGCGCCAGGGGACGUGGUGCCGGACCAUGCCAAGCAGCCCAAGUCAAAGGAGAAGCGGCCCACUAACAAGUCAUCGAAAGUAGACUGCGAGUCAGACGGCUCCUUCCUCUUCGAGGCCCACGAGGCUUGGAAGGAUUUCCAUAACUCGCUGAGACACUUCUACGAAGUAGGAGAGCUCUGUGAUGUGACGCUGAAGGUGGGCAACAGGCUGAUACCAUGUCACAAGCUAGUGUUGGCCUGCGUAAUCCCAUACUUCAGGGCCAUGUUCCUGUCCGAAAUGACUGAAGCCAAGCAGAAGCUCAUCGAGAUCAAGGACUUCGAUGGAGAUGCUAUCCAGGAUCUAGUCCAUUUUGCGUACUCCUCCAAGCUCACGCUGACCGUAGACAACGUCCAGCCUCUGCUUUACGCUGCCUGCAUCCUACAGGUGGAGCUGGUGGCCAGAGCGUGCUGCGAGUACAUGAAGGCCCACUUCCACCCCACCAACUGCUUGGCCGUGCGCACCUUUGCCGAGAGCCACAACCGUGUGGACCUGAUGGACAUGGCCGACCGCUACGCCUGUGAGCACUUCACGGAGGUCGUAGAGUGUGAGGACUUCACCUGCGUGUCUCCCCAGCACUUGCGCACACUGCUGGCCUCCAGUGAGCUUAAUAUCCACUCUGAGACACAAGUGUACAAAGCAGCGGUGAAAUGGCUCAAAGCAAAUCCACAGCACCACCAGGCCUGGCUGGACCAGAUCUUUUCUCAGGUGCGCCUCCCCCUGCUCCCUGUAGACUUCCUGACCGGAACAGUGGCCAAGGAUGACAUGAUCAAAGGUAACCUGAGCUGUCGUGACCUGAUGGAUGAGGCCAGGAACUACCACCUGCACCUCAGCAACAAGGCCGUGCCGGACUUUGAGUACUCUGUCCGCACCGUACCACGAAAACACACCGCAGGGGUUCUGUUCUGCGUCGGUGGCCGUGGGGGUUCUGGCGACCCGUUUCGCAGCAUCGAGUGCUACUCCAUCAGUAAGAACAGCUGGUUCCUGGGCCCUGAAAUGAACAGCAGACGGCGGCAUGUUGGUGUCAUUUCUGUGGCAGGAAAAGUUUAUGCUGUGGGGGGCCAUGAUGGUAACGAGCACCUGGGCAACAUGGAGGUGUUUGACCCGCUCACAAACAAGUGGAUGAUGAAAGCCUCCAUGAACACCAAGCGGAGGGGAAUCGCCCUGGCAGCGCUCGGUGGGCCCAUUUACGCCAUCGGUGGCCUGGACGACAACUCAUGCUUCAACGACGUGGAGCGAUACGACAUCGAGAGCGACUGCUGGAGCGCUGUGGCCCCCAUGAACACGCCAAGAGGAGGGGUGGGCUCUGUGGCCCUGGGGAGCUACGUCUACGCGGUGGGAGGCAACGACGGCAUGGCGUCACUGUCGAGUGUCGAGCGCUUUGACCCGCACCUCAACAAGUGGACAGAGGUCAAUGAGAUGGGUCAGCGGCGAGCCGGGAACGGAGUCAGCAAACUGAACGGCUGCCUCUACGUUGUCGGUGGUUUUGACGACAACUCGCCCCUGAGCUCCGUGGAGCGCUUCGACCCUCGAAUGCACCGCUGGGAGUACGUGUCUGAGCUGACAACCCCGCGGGGUGGCGUGGGCGUCGCCACGGUGAUGGGCAGAGUGUUUGCGGUGGGCGGACACAACGGCAACAUCUACCUGAACACGGUGGAGGCCUUCGAGCCUCGAAUGAACAGGUGGGAGCUGGUGGGAUCCGUGUCCCACUGCCGAGCCGGAGCGGGCGUGGCCGUGUGCUCGUCGCACGUGAGCCAGAUCAGGGAUGUAGGUCAGGGCUCUAGCAACGUGGUCAACUGUAUGUGACUUCGCUCCUGGAUGCUCAUGUUUACUCACUAUUUACCAUUUUGUUCAGGCUUCGUCCACACAUACAUCACAUAUAUAUUGUAUACACAUACAUACAGUACUGUGUGUGUAUAUAUACUUAUAUAUAUGUGUGUGGUAUACACUGUAUACACAGGUGCAUCUCAAUAAAUCAGAAUAUCUUUUAAAAUUACAUUUAUUUCAGUAAUGCAAUUCAAAAAGUGAAACUGCAGUUUACUGCACACAGUGAAAUAUUUAAAAAUUGUAUGUAAUAAUUUUGAUGAUUACAGAUGGUAAUUCAUUUCAAACUACUGGUUUGCACUUGAAUCAGCAAAUGAACUGCAAAAAACAUCCUGAGUAUUUAAUUGGUGUCUUAGUCUGACUUGACUCGUGAGAUGCACCUGGAUGUACAUAGAGUAUAUGCAUUUAUCAAAUCUAUGCGUGCGCCAGUAAGAAAAGGCCAAAAUGCAUCGCAACCCGUUGUAACGUAAUCAUGCUUGAACAAUCAUUCACGCGUGACAAAUCGCUCAUCUUGUUGGAAACGCUUGUGCCAAAAUGCCAUCAAGAACUUGGUGGCGGAUAAGGCAAGUCCUGCUACUUAGUUUUUUUCCAAUGCUGUACAUAAACACCAUGUCAGGGAACGCUUUGUGUUUGAACGAUGAUAGCUGGACUGUCAGGGAAGCUCAUCAUGUUAGUUUGCAGACACUUCCUUAUAUUUUAAUAUAUUAUGGAGGUUUUAUAUGUCAACAAAUAGUUGUAUCUUUGUAGUAGUAUAAUAGUCUUCUACAUCAACCUUUGCUGUGGGCACAAACGUAAAGAAUUUAGCUUCUAGUAUAUUUAAUACCAAGCAUUUCUGGCUACUAGUAUUUUGGUUUUUGGUAAAAGUGACCACUCGUACAAUAUUUGUAUGUCGUUUUUUCAUGGUUUUCCUCUCCUAAUGUACUUUUCGGUGUGCUUUUGUUGUAAUUGAUUCAAUAAAAGUACGAAAUGUG